GGGCGGCGCGGGGUGCGAGCACAUUUGUCCGGCGGGGUGGGGAAGUGUCCGCUCGUUGCCUCUCUCCGGGCGGGGCUGUCGGACCGGCUCGCGGCAUGGGUGACCAAGCGCUCAGCUUCGUCAAGGACUUUCUGGCCGGCGGGAUCGCCGCCGCCGUCUCCAAAACUGCUGUCGCCCCCAUCGAGAGAGUGAAGUUGCUGCUGCAGGUCCAGCAUGCCAGCAAACAGAUCACGGCCGAUAAGCAGUACAAGGGCAUCGUGGACUGCAUAGUCCGCAUCCCCAAGGAGCAGGGCAUCGCCUCCUUCUGGAGAGGCAACUUGGCCAAUGUCAUCCGGUACUUCCCCACCCAGGCCCUUAACUUCGCCUUCAAGGACAAGUACAAGCAGAUCUUCCUGGGCGGAGUGGACAGGCACAAGCAGUUCUGGCGCUACUUCGCAGGGAACCUUGCAUCCGGAGGUGCCGCGGGAGCCACCUCCCUCUGCUUCGUCUACCCGCUGGAUUUCGCCAGGACCCGGCUGGCGGCUGAUGUGGGCAAAGGAGCCAGUGAGAGGGAGUUCUCUGGCCUGGGCGACUGCAUUGUCAAGAUCUUUAAAUCUGAUGGCUUGAGGGGCCUGUACCAAGGAUUUAGUGUGUCUGUCCAGGGCAUCAUCAUCUAUAGAGCAGCCUAUUUUGGGGUGUACGACACGGCCAAGGGUAUGUUGCCUGAUCCAAAGAAUGUGCACAUCGUAGUGAGCUGGAUGAUUGCCCAGAGUGUCACUGCAGUGGCAGGGCUGGUUUCUUAUCCUUUUGAUACUGUGCGACGUAGGAUGAUGAUGCAGUCUGGUCGAAAGGGAGCUGAUAUUAUGUAUAAGGGCACAAUUGAUUGCUGGAGGAAGAUAGCUAAAGAUGAAGGAUCCAAAGCAUUCUUCAAAGGUGCCUGGUCGAAUGUGUUGAGAGGCAUGGGCGGAGCUUUUGUAUUAGUACUUUAUGAUGAAAUCAAGAAGUAUGUCUAAAAAUUAACAUCACAAUGCAGUAGUUCAAUUGUUCUCAAUCAACUUUUUUAAAAAAAACUUGUGAUGGACAACAAAAUAUUUCCUAGGGAAACAGAAUAAAAUUUGAGUAACAUAUCUGGCGGAGAUAAGGAUGCAUUUAUUUAAAAAUUGUCCACAACAUCACAGUUACAUUUUCUAUGAGAAUUCUUCCACCAUUUGUAUUAGAACCUAUGUAUAUAUUAUACUUUGAAUUGCAGGUGAUAGAUUUUGUCUGAAGACAAAAUAUAAGUGGUCUAUAUCUAGUCUAAAAUCUAAUAUUGUGAAUUCUUAAUAGAUUGUCAUAAAUAUUUAUUAUACUAAAAGUAAUAUCUCUAGCUACCCAACACUGUGAUGACAUAACAUGAAUUAAAAUCAUGUUUUCUUCUAAAGCUCUUUUUUUUUAAUACAAUAUUAAAUGAAAAGUAUGUCUGAAAUAAUAAACUAUACUAAAGCACCAGGCUGAGUUCCUAACUGCAGCCUCUUCCCUGACAAACUAUAGUAAUAUGCUUGAAACCAUAAUUGAUUUUUCAGACAUACUUUGUAAAAUAUGAAAAUACAGUAUUUUAAAAAUUCCCUGUAUUGUCUCAAAGGAAAAAGUUGUCUGCUCUGAUGUUCAAUUGAACUAAAACUGACAUGAAAUAAAUUAAUAUAUUAAUGAACUUUUUCCUGUUGUUUUCAGUACAAUGAACACAUUACAGCAUGUCUUCCAAGGUGAUGUGCUACUCGGGGCAGUGUUAGUGGCAGUCUCUUGAAAGUUUUUCCAACAGAGCUUUACGUAGGUGAAGUUAGCGAGGUUAUUGAUAAUUCUACAAUUGCAAAACCAAGUGAAUUCAGUUUAAAGGUACUGCAGCCAAAGAUCUUUGAGAUAAGCUUCCACCAAGUCUUAGCUGCUUGCAUAAUUUCUUUAUAUUACUCUUAACUUUGAAGCUUUCAACAAAAAUGAAAUUCUCCUCAUUGAAUAGUGAAGUCAUUACUGCUUAUUUUACUUGAAAAAAUAUUCUAGAAUCAAAUACUCUAGAGUUAUUAAAAUAACUACAUGUUGAACCAUGAUGAACACAUUGCACUAAUAAUGACCAGUGAGACCAGAACAUGUUCUGUACGCUCCUUAAACUUUAGAUGCUGCAGGGUUGUGAAUGCAUGGAAGAACAGGCUGUCUGAUUAGGCAAAGGAGGGAAAGUGAGGUGUGGCCAUUGCAGUUGUUCAGUUAGACUACAGCUAGACAAGCAUUUGCUAUGUAUUCACCUAGAAUCAGAGCCUUGUUUGUGUUGGAAGAGACCUUAGAGUCCAUAUAGCUCCAACCCCCCUGCCAUGGGCAGGGACGCUGUCUACUAGAGUCAGUUCCUGGCCUUGGACACUUCCAUGGUUGGGGUGUCCCCCACUUUUUGGGCAACAGGGUAAGGCUAAGCAAGUAAUAAUCAAAUUAACUUUUAUCUCUUCUUCACCUUUUACUACUUCAUAUGUAUGGCUUCCAGUUACCCUUUUCCUAUAUUUGAAACAUUUACCAGAUACAGGAAGUCACUGUCACAUGGCAUGAGAGGCUCUGGUUCUCUGCCACAGCUCUAUUCUCCCUGAAGGCAGGUACCAGCCACAAACCAGUAUCUGGAAGCAACAUCUAUGCACUUGAAAUAAAAGUGUUUGGGAAAUACUGGUCCAAAAAAUAAGACUGUUCAUAAAUUAACCAAAUACACAUUUUUUGUCCCAGGACAAAAUGUGGACUGAUUGUUUCUUUUAUCUCCCUUUUUCAUGGUUGCUCUCUUAAAUACUUGCUUUUCUAGAUACCUGGUCCAUUUUCUUUCCCAUAGCAAAUAACCAGGAUUGCAAUCUAUCAAAUCCUAAGUUUAUGAAGAAGAUAUUUCUACUGGUUUCCAAAGUGCAUUAGUUUUCCUUAAAAACUCUGCUAGUUCCUACUCCUUUUCUCCUUCCUCUGCGCUUUCCUAAUGGUUCCUUAUGAGAAGCUUGCUAACACAGUCCAGCUAUCCAGUUCUCAUUUAGCUCACUGAUAAGGCUGCAAGUGGCAUUUGGAUGUGCUAGGGAAGAUCUAAGUUGGCUACAAAGAGACACUGUAAGAGACAGAGGUACAAAACCUUUGGGGAAAAAUUGUGUAUGAAUAAGAUAAUUAAGAGGAAGCAAAAAAACUUCAAGUAACUGUAAAUUAAAGAAGUUGCAUUCCAGGGAAGAAGGCAAAAUAGGACGACUAAGGACUAUUAAAAAGGAGAGUAAGGAGUAUCAAUGCAGGUAAAUGCCACUGGGCUAAGAGAAAGUACAUUAAAUAAAGUAUAUGGAAAACACAGGUAAAGGUUUCUGCUUAAAAGUCAAUGCACAGAGUGGGGGAGAUUGCAGGCAGUGCUCUCCAUAAAGAUACCUGUGGGUCAGAGCUCAAAGCUAUCAAUGAAUUAGCCAUCCUUCUGAAAGCAGCUCUGCCCUGAGUCAGCAGCACUCAGCAUAACACUUGGAAACACUUGGCUGGGAAUUAGAAGACUUAGCAGAUGGUCCGCGAUUGCUAUUUGAACUCCCAUUGUCACAGGCAACUGAUACUACUUCUUUUGUACCUUCGUAUGAGUUAGUCACAAGCAAACUAAAGCCAGUGGCAAAACCUUUAUUCCCUUACAUUUAAUACUUAAACAAUGGAAAACAUGCAUUUUUUCUAUAUACCAAGCUAUUCAACCUUAUUUGCACCUUAAUACCAAUUAUAAAAAUCUGCAAGAUGCUACUGUAAUGACAAUUCAUGUUAAAUAUUUUAUUUCUUAUGAUUUACAAAUGACAUACAAAACUGACACUUUUUCAUACCAAAGUUAAAUAAGAUGAAGCAAUUAAAAGUAAUCCAUUGUGUGAGUUUCUUCACAGAAAAAAAUUACAAUAUGAACAUUCAGAAGUAUUUAAACUUACUCUGAUAUUCACAUUCAAAGACAAAAAUCUUUAAAUAGAGAAUAAUUUUAAUUUGCACAAUAAUAAAAUAAAUACAGCAGCACUAUACAAAGAAAUUGUUAACAGCUUCUAACCAUGAAUAAUAAUUGCAAUACAAAUCUGUUUGCCACAAUGCUGCUUAAAGUUAAAAGUUCCAAGUAUUGUCAAACAGCUAAAUUUGAUCUGCGGGUCACUAAGUGAAGAGGCUCUGCCAAGGACUGAGUAAAUCACAAGGACUAUCACAAGGACUGAGUAAAAAGUGUGUUACAAUGCAGAAUACCUGAAAGCCUAAGCCCUCAUGCAAGCACUAGCAAAGAAUAAUACACUUUUCAUGUCAAAGACCCAGCAUUACCAAAUACAGCUUUUUUUCUUUAUCCAUAAUACAGUGAUUUCUUCCUGGGAAGAAGCUGGGGAAGCAAGCAAAGUUUCAGCAAUAUCCACAGAUAGUGGCAUCACAAUUUGUGCUGUUUAUAAGGCUACAGUCCUACAAAACAAGCUCACUGCAAGUUUGCCUUUAAUUACAGAAAUAAACCACACCAAAUACUAUUGUGAUUACCAAUACCAUUAAAUUUUACUCCUCUUGCAAAUGGAUGUUACUAUUGCAGCUUAUCUGACAUUACUACAAAUACUAGAUAUAAACAUGACAUUUAAAAACAGGUCAAGAAAA